CAGUCUUCCAAUCAGAGUGAAAGCUAGCUUUCACCUAGAACCAGAACCAGAAUCAAAUGUUCCUGGCCAAGACCGUAGUGUGCCUCGCCCUCCUGGCGGUGGCCAACGCCCAGUUCGACACCAACUACGCCUCCGGGCGCAGUGGCAUGGUGCACCUCUUCGAGUGGAAGUGGGACGACAUCGCCGCCGAGUGCGAGAACUUCCUGGGACCCAACGGCUAUGCCGGAGUGCAGGUCUCGCCCGUCAACGAGAACGCCGUGAAGGACAGCCGCCCCUGGUGGGAGCGGUACCAACCCAUCUCCUACAAGCUGGUGACCCGCUCCGGAAACGAGGAGCAGUUCGCCAGCAUGGUGCGGCGGUGCAACAACGCCGGAGUGCGCACCUACGUGGACGUGGUCUUCAACCACAUGGCCGCCGACGGAGGCACCUACGGAACGGGGGGCAGCACCGCCAGCCCCAGCAGCAAGAGCUACCCCGGAGUGCCCUACUCCUCGCUGGACUUCAACCCCACCUGCGCCAUCAGCAACUACAAUGACGCCAACCAGGUGCGCAACUGCGAGCUGGUGGGUCUGCGCGACCUCAACCAGGGCAACUCCUACGUCCGGGACAAGGUGGUGGAGUUCCUGGACCACCUGAUCGACCUUGGCGUGGCCGGAUUCCGCGUGGACGCCGCCAAGCACAUGUGGCCAGCGGACCUGGGCGUCAUCUACGGGCGGCUCAAGAACCUGAACACCGCCCACGGCUUCUCCUCGGGGGCCAAGGCCUACAUCGUCCAGGAGGUGAUCGACAUGGGCGGCGAGGCCAUCAGCAAGAGCGAGUACACCGGACUGGGCGCCAUCACCGAGUUCCGCCACUCCGACUCCAUCGGCAAGGUCUUCCGCGGCAAGGACCAGCUGCGGUACCUGACCAACUGGGGCACCGCCUGGGGCUUCGCCGCCUCCGACCGCUCCCUGGUCUUCGUGGACAACCACGACAACCAGCGCGGACACGGAGCCGGGGGCGCCGACGUGCUCACCUACAAGGUGGCCAAGCAGUACAAGAUGGCCUCCGCCUUCAUGCUGGCCCACCCCUUCGGCACGCCCCGCGUGAUGUCCUCCUUCUCCUUCACGGACACGGACCAGGGUCCGCCCACCACCGACGGCCACACCAUCGCCUCGCCCUCCUUCAACAGCGACAACUCCUGCGGAGGCGGCUGGGUGUGCGAGCACAGGUGGCGCCAGAUCUACAACAUGGUGGCCUUCAGGAACGCCGUGGGCGCGGACGCCAUCCAGAACUGGUGGGACAACGGCAGCAACCAGAUCUCCUUCAGCCGCGGGAACAAGGGCUUCGUGGCCUUCAACAACGACAACUACGACCUGAACAGCUCCCUGCAGACGGGACUCCCGAGCGGCACCUACUGCGACGUCAUCUCCGGUGCCAAGAGCGGCUCCUCCUGCACCGGGAAGAGUGUCUCCGUGGGGUCCGACGGACGGGCCAGUGUCUACAUCGGCAGCUCCGAGGACGACGGAGUGCUGGCCAUCCACGUCAACUCAAGGUUGUAAACAACUUGAGAUUGCCCCGCCACUCAGUUGAGAUUAUUAGUUUUACAAAAUAUAUGCGAUGAGAUUGUUAA